GUCUACGUGCGAUACUAUUUCUGUGCUGUCUUUUGAGGGCUUAGUCUGACUGGUCCGACUGUGAAGGAAACUGUAUAAGUCAAACGUUCGAUGUUUGAUUGUAAAAGUCUAGAGUUUUGGAGAAGUUGCUAAGUUCUUUUCAUAUUUUCUAGAUAAACUUACCUAGUUAAGCCAUUAGCUAGAAUAAAAUUUGGUUAUUGCUAAGCUUUUCUUAUUCAAAAUAAAAUGGAGAGUGGUAGGAACAGCGUUAAUAUGGCUGAUAGUGCAAGUGAAAGUGAUUGCAGCGUGGACGGUGGACCUAUUAUGAUGCCACCGUCUCCUGUUUCUCGGGAACAGCUCCACAAGCGUAUUGAAAGUUUACAGCAACAGAAUAAAGUUCUUAAAGUCGAGUUGGACACUUACAAAUUAAGAGUUAAACAAUUACAAGAGGAGAAUCGGGCACUGAGACAAGCGUCAGUUAAUAUUCAAGCCAGAGCAGAACAAGAAGAAGAAUUUAUUAGCAACACCUUGUUGAAGAAAAUCCAAGCACUCAAAAAAGAAAAAGAAACUUUGGCAUUGAAUUAUGAACAAGAAGAAGAGUGCCUUACAAAUGAUUUAUCGCGAAAACUGAACCAGCUGAGGCAAGAAAAAGUUCAGCUUGAACAAACAUUAGAACAAGAACAAGAAUGUUUAGUGAACAAAUUGAUGAGGAAAAUUGAAAAGCUAGAAGCAGAAACUCAUGUCAAACAAAAUAAUUUGGAACAGUUGCGGCGAGAAAAAGUUGAACUAGAAAACACCCUGGAACAGGAACAAGAAGCACUAGUGAAUAAAUUGUGGAAACGAAUGGAUAAACUGGAGACUGAAAAAAGAAACCUGCAAAUUAAGCUUGACCAACCAGUAUCAGCUCCUCCUUCUCCCCGGGACACAAACAAUGGGGAUAGUGCUCCAACAAAUUCUACUCCAGAGCAGCUAACUUCCCACAUACAGUGGUUGCGUAAUGAAGUUUCUCGUUUGAAACAUCAGCUCACACUUUCAUUGCAAGAACAAGAGGAAAAAAUGGCACACUAUGCUCAAGAAGAGAAACAUAUACGGGACGAAAAUCUUCGUCUUCAGCGUCGACUUCAAAUGGAAAUGGAGCGACGUGAAGCUCUCUGUCGACAUUUGUCAGAAUCGGAGUCGAGCUUGGAAAUGGAAGAGGAACGUCAUUAUAACGAAUUAACUGGAUACGGCCAUGUGGGAUCGUUGGGAGUUACGGUCACACCUGUCAAUCGUUCCCGAACCACUUCAAGCCCAGUUCCAUCAAAUCGACCCCUUAGCCCCAGUUUGCUGACGUUCAGCAGAGAAGGUUUGGUGGGUGUGCCCACGGCACCAUCCUCAAUCAGCACUGGGAGAGACCCUUUUAGUCCGCCAAGUCCAAUGGGUCGAUGUCCAACGUGUUCACAUGCAAUUAGCGCACCCUCGUCAUCCCCUCCUCAUGCGGUUUGUCGAGAUUAUGGUUUGUCUACUGGUAUUCCGCGUUCUCUUAUACGGAUAUCGCAAGAGAGAUUUGUGAAACCAGCCGUCCCACCACAAGCCGUACCUUCACAUAUUCCUGCAUCGCCAGCUACUUCUGCUUCUCAUCCUCGUAGUAGCUCUGGAACAUCUUCGCCUAUGGACACAUCAUCUGGACGCAUAUAAUAUACCUAAUUAGCUUUGAACGUUUUCAAUUCAUUUAUGAAUUAGCGUCAGAUGUCACGUUGUGCGAAGAAGUAACAUCUCUUAUAUUCCAGAACUAUCCCUUCAGUCAUACACCAUGUCGGUGAAGCAGUUACAAUUUGUUUCCAUACUUUUACCUUUCCCCCAGUCUUUCUGUAAUUCUGUUAUUUUUCAAGUAUGGCUUUGGAGUUCUUAUUCUGGAGUUGUUUGGUUUUUGCAGAUUUACCAAGUGCAAGUGCAGAGGUUUCGAGCAUUUUGAUUUGAAUUCAAAUGUUCAGUUUUCCUUGGAUGUCUUUGAAUUUAUGCUUUAUUGCGUCCUCCUUUCUCGUGAAUUAAUACGAAAGAAUAUUGUAAAGGGUCAAUUAAAAUUCAUAACUUUCUUUUGUUA